AUGGGGGUUUUUGCUAAUUUAUUCCCCUUUAUUUUAUCUUUAAUAUUUUUUAAAAAAUACUUAAGUUUUAAACAUCACAAUUUGGAUAGAUUAAAUUGGAGUAGAUUAGAUUCAGAAUUACAAACAGCAAAUAGAUGUCCUCAUUUAUUUACCGAAAAAAUGAAAUGUUUUUCUGCUAGAAUAGCAAAAGAAGUUUUGAGUAUUAGAAAGGCUGAUAUUUAUCGUCCGUUUGCUUAUCCUGAAGAAUUGGAAAACAAUUUUAUUCGCUUUAUUGAAUGUGUAAAUCGUGUUCGUAGCAAUACUUUUCAUUCUCAAUGGAGUGAUGGAAUGUCUUCAAGACCAGAAACCCCAUUAAAAUACCAUUUAUCAGAUCAUCCAGGAAAAAGUUCUCCAACAGUUUUUGUUUUACCUCCAAUAGAAUUAUUAGAAUUAGAUGUAGAUAUAGUUUUAAAUGCUUGGUUAGAACAAAUGGAACGUUUUCCAAUAUCAAUACAACCAAAAAAUACACAAACAUUUCCUCCAUCAAUUUUUAUUUCUUAUGAUUUUAUUUGUUGGCUUUUACGUUUUGUUAGUGGAAUGGAAUGUUUGGAUGAUGCUAUUGGAUUUGCUAGUAAAUUGGUUAAUGAAGGGCGGAUUAAAUUGUUACAAACACCUUCAGAUUCUGAAAAUUUUGAUCAAGAACCUAAAAGAGUUUCUUCUUCAACGUCUCAUUUAACAGAUUCUUAUUCAUUUCGUUAUGGAUUUUUCUUUUAUUAUAUAAUUAACACCAAUUUAAAUAUCGAUAUUUCAAAUAUAGAUUUACGCGGAAAAAUUUAUUUAUCAAUAGAAAAGCCCUGUUUAUUAAAUUUAAUUGAUAAAGAAUGCCGUUUUAAACAAAAAUCUAUUACAAUGGAAUUUUUGCCUUCAUCUUCUUUUGUCAUUAAAAAUUUGGAGAAUCAUUUUGUUGAAUGGGGAAAAGUUUUUGUUGAUAGAGCAUAUACACAUUCACAGGCUUUUGAAAUUAAUGUUAAAUGGUUUAUGGCAACAGGGCAAUCUGUAGCUGAUUUAGUAAAUAAACAAUGGGCUAGACAUGCACAAAAAUAUUUGAUGCAUUUCUUUCCGGCACCAGAAGAUGCUUUUGCUGAACCUACAAAUGUUUUAUCAAGUCCUUUAAGAUGCCCAAUUUUUGUUGCUAUAAAAAGUGGUUUAAUACCUGGAGGUUAUGUAAGUUUUUCUUGA